GGAAGCUGCGUCCUCGCGCACCUCGCUCUCAAUUCGCAAGAAACAGACUAAGAAGUGGUUCAGGGGAAAUACGCACCGAGAAAUAAUGAAGCUUACCCGACGCUUCUCUGCGCCGUGCCUCUUUUAAACUAACUUAUUUUCAUCCACCUCGACAUAAAUGUCUGUGAGAAAGCUGAUGUCUACGUGACUGCAGAGUGCUCUCUCUUUCUGCCAGUGAUCUUUUCCAACAUGCCCAAAAAGUCAGGCUGUUUGAAGUCAGGGAAGAUCCCAGGCCCACAUGACGCCCCUCAGUCUCAGGGGAUCCACGUCUACCUGUUCUGGACUAAAGAAGGGGAAAGGUAUUUGUCUCACACCAGUGGUGAUGUCACAGCAGAGGACCUUUGCAUCACAGCUGCUGAGGAAAUAGGGAUAACACCACUAUGCCAUGUCUUGUUUGCGUUGUACAACCCGCAAACAAAGUGCUGGUACAGUCCAAACCAUGUUUUCAGUCCAGAGGAGAACUCCAGCGAAGUGGUUCAUUACUGCAUGAGGUUCUACUUUCGGAAUUGGCACGGACUCAAUGAAAAGGAGCCAACUGUGUGCCGCUACACCCUCAAAUCUGGGACCGAUCAGACUGGUUCUCCUCUUCUGGAUAUCACAUCCCUGGAGUAUCUGUUUGCCCAGGCUAAGCAUGAAUUUGUGAAUAAUGUGGAAGAGCCUCAGUCGGAAGAAGAACAGAAUCGUUUCAAAAACGAGAGCUUGGGAAUGGCUGUGCUCCACCUGUCACACCUCGCCAUACAAAAAAACUGUUCCUUAAAGGAAGUUGCUGGAAAAAUUGGCUUCCAGAACUGCAUUCCAAGAAAUUUUGCGGAGAACAUUUCCAGAGACAACUUCCUGACUAAAAUCAGGAUCCGGCGUGUGUUUUCCGAAUUUGUGCAGAGCUUCCAGCAGCACACUGUGGGAAAGGGGCAGCUGGGUCCCCACGAGAUCAUGUAUAAGUACAUCUCCACCCUGGAAAACUUGGUUCCCAGUUUUGGAAUGGAGACUUUCUCUGUAACUCACCUGGAACUGAGGGAGGACGGGGAAGAAAGCAGCUCCUACUCCAACGUCAGCCAAAGCGCCGAUGUGUCAAAGGAUAGCUUCAAAGCUCCGCUUACGCAUGAAUUAAUGGUGUCCGGCAUUAAGGGGAUUCAGUGGAGGAUUCUGAAAACUCAAAAGGCGGAGGAUAACUCUUACCACAGGAGUGGCUAUGCGAAUAUGAAAACACCAAAACAGACUCCAUCAAAUCCUCCUGAUAAAUGGACUUCCUUCUGUGAUUUCCGAGAAAUAACUCACAUCGCCAUUACUGAAGCUAAUGUUUUCAUUAGCACUCAGAACAAUCAUUGCAUGGAGGUACAGAUGAACUCCAGCCAGGAGGCCCGCUCCUUUAUCUCCCUAGUAGAUGGCUACUACCGGCUGACUGCAGACGCCCACCACUAUCUUUGUCAUGAAGUGGCUCCCCCAAGGGUGGUGUUGAGUGAAGCAAAUCUGUUACAUGGACCUAUGCAUGAUGACUUUGUGUUACACAAGCUGAAAAAGGAGGCUGGAGAGGAAGGAACUUUCCUCGUUCGCUGGAGUGCCCUCGACUAUCACCGCAUUAUUCUUGCUGUGCUAAACAGAAGCGAGAAUGGUUCCAAAACAAGCCACAAGCAGUUUCGCAUCCAGCAGAAAAAGUCUGUGUUCUGCAUGGAGGGCUGGGACAAAGAGUUCCCUACGGUCAAGGAGCUCACAGAUAGCCUCAAAACCUAUGUGCUCAAGUCGGGGUCAGACAGCUUCACUGUCAGAAAAUGCUGCUUACCAAGACAAGCAGAGAUCUCCAACCUAUUGGUGAGAAGGCAAGGCAUCGACCAACGUACCCAAUCUGACUGCUUCCCCCUGAACGUGACGGAGCUUCGCUUUCACCAGAUCAAAGACAAAGAGAUAAAACAGGAGCAACAUUUGGGCCGAGGCACAAGAACUAACAUUUACGCAGGACGUUUAUUGUUGCGGGAAGGAGAAAACGACGAAUUUAACAACAACAACCUGUCACAAAGCAAAGGGAUCCCGGUGGUUCUCAAAAUCCUAGACGAAAGCCAUAAGGAUAUUGCUCUUGCAUUUUUUGAAACGGCAAGCCUCAUGAGCCAGGUAUCCCAUGCUCACCUGGUGUUUGUGCACGGCGUGUCUGUCAAAGGAUCUGAAAACAUCAUGGUGGAGGAAUACUUGGAGUAUGGCCCACUCGAUGUUUUUCUCCGCAAUGAAAAAGCAUCCGUCACUGCUCAGUGGAAAUUCAUUGUUGCCCUACAGCUUGCGAGGGCUCUCAAUUAUCUGGAGACAAAACGACUUGUUCAUGGAAACGUUUGUGCCAAGAACGUUCUGGUUGCAAGGCCAGGUUUUGAACCUGGCUCUUGUCCCUUUGUCAAGCUGAGCGAUCCUGGAAUUGCACUGAAUGUUCUCUCACGAGAAGAACGGUUGGAUCGGAUACCCUGGAUUGCUCCAGAGUGUGUCGACAGCGGCGCUCAAAUUGGAAACGCUGCAGACCAGUGGAGUUUUGGUGUCACGCUGCUUGAAAUCUGCAACAACGGCGAUCUUCCUAUGAGCGGCAGCACACUGUCUGAGAAAGAGCGUUUUUAUCAGCAAAGGGGUCGCCUGGCAGAGCCAUCCUCCCAGGAACUGGCCGAGUUUAUCAGCAUGUGUUUGACGUAUGAGCCUGACGAGAGGCCGUCAUUCCGAACUAUCCUCAGAGAACUCACAACACUCUUAAAGAAAAAUCCUGAUAUACCCACCAUUUACACUCUCCCACCUACUGACCCCAGCGUGUUCCAAAAGCGCUACCUGAAAAAGAUGAGAGACUUGGGGGAGGGACACUUUGGAAAAGUCACUCUGUACAGGUACGACCCGUCCAACGACGGGACAGGAGAGUUUGUGGCAGUGAAAGCUUUGAAGCAAGAGGCUGGAAAUGCAGCUCAGGGCUGGAUGAAGGAGAUUGAAAUCCUGAAGUCUCUCUAUCACUGUAACAUAGUGAAGUACAAGGGCUUAUGCCCUGAUGCCGUAAGACAAGAGGUCCAGCUCAUAAUGGAAUACCUUCCCCAGGGGAGUCUGCGGGAGUAUCUUCCUAAACAUAAAGUCAGUCUGGCCGAUUGCCUCAUGUUUGCUCAGCAGAUCUGUCAGGGGAUGGAGUACCUGCACUCACAGCGCUAUGUGCAUCGAGAUCUUGCUGCUCGCAAUGUUUUGGUGGAAAACCAAAGUUUGGUGAAGAUUGGAGACUUUGGCCUGACAAAGUACAUCCCGGAAGGAGAGAUCUACUAUCGGGUCCGUGAGGACGGAGACAGCCCUGUCUACUGGUAUGCCAUCGAGUGCUUAAAGGAGCUCAAAUUCUCAUUUGCAUCUGACAUUUGGUCAUUUGGAGUUACUCUUUAUGAGAUCCUGACGCGUUGUGACCCCCGCCAGAGUCCUCCAUCUAAAUUCAUUGAAAUGACUGGAGACAAUGAAGAACAAAUGACUGUGAUGAAACUCAUAAAGCUUUUGGAGGGAAAUCAGAGGUUGCCUCGUCCUAAGGAUUGCCCAGAUGCGAUAAAGUUGCUGAUGGAUCAGUGUUGGCAUGCAAAUCCUGAUAGUCGGCCUUCGUUCACCGAACUCAUCGAAAAGUUUGAGUCCGCACGAUCAAUGUUUGACUGGAACUUCAGCCCUAACUUCUCCAUGUCUCAGAUAUGCUGAUUAGUAUCAGCGAAGAUCAAUCGCAAUAGAUGGUGUUGCAAGUUGUGUCACUUCAAGUGUAUAGUUUUUGCUGUAUCUAUGUAUAAUUUUGCUUUUCAAGACAUUUAAAGCUGUAAAGCACAGUCAUAUGAUGUGAUGUUGGUAAUACAAUUAAAAACUCAGACAUUUGUUCUCUACGUAAUUAAAGAUCAUGUUUAAAGUUAGACUUUUAGUGGUACUGAAAUAAGCAUCAUUUGUCGGCGCUAUAAAGACUUUCAAUUGUCAGGAGGGUUUCUGUUUCGGCUGGCAUUUCUGCUCUUUAUUUUUAUUUUCUGUAAAUUUUACAUGUAUGUAAUCUUGCAUUGCAUUUUAUAAAUAUAACUCGAAAUCAAAUAAACCCUUUUCC